AUGGGAAAGCGGCAGCACCGGGAGAAAGAUGAGGGCGGCGUCAGCGAGAGGAGGGAGGUCGCGGCGGCAGGCGCCACCAACACCAUAGACGACCUCGAGAACCUCGACAACCUUGAGUGCCUCAUCUGCUCCGAGCCCCUGCGCCCUCCUAUUUUCCAGUGCACCAUGCGCCAUACCAUAUGUUUAUCUUGCCAUGACAAGUUCCCAGACAAGUGUUUCUUCUGCUCCAAUACCACAGUCUACAAUCGCUGCCUCGAGCUAGAACAUGCAGUUGAAUCAAUCAAACUUGCUUGCUCCAAUGGCAAACACGGAUGCACUGCGAGGAUAACAUACUACCAAAAAGAAGAGCAUGAGAAAGAUUGCCCGCACGCGCCAUGCUUCUGCCCCGUAACCGGCUGCAGCUUCAAAGGGCCAACGGCAACGCUCCUCGAGCAUUUCUCACGCGAGUACAAGUGGCGUAGCACGAAAUUUAUAUAUAACGAGGCGUUUGGGGUCCGCAUCCGCGGCGAUACUCCUGGUUCAUGCAUUCUUGUGGGCGAGGAUGGGCACAUCUUCAUGAUCAAUAUGGAAAUGGAGCCCGCCGGAAUUGUCAUCUCAGUUUGCUCCAUUCAGCCUCACAUUACUGGAUCCAAGUUCAAGUGCAGGCUAUCAAUAUCAUGCAGUGAAACGGGCUACUAUCAGGCUGCCGAGUUCCAAAUGAGGAUCAUUAAUCUGUAUGAUGGGAUGCCCAAGGACUUCAUGUUCCUUGUGCCCAAGGGGUUGCUUCGACGUGCGAUAACUAUUGUGCCUGUGACUAUCACGCCAGAAUAG